ACAGGAGGAGGAGGACGGGCUCCCAUGGUGCUCUGCACUGCCAACGUAUGCAAACAGGAACAUGGCUACCGGUGUUUAACAUCAACAGUCCAUUUUAAAACACACCUGUGUGACAGUAUAACAUUUGCUGUGCCUCCGCGACAGAAGCAAAAAAAAAAAAAAAAAAAAAAAGCCCUCGUAGAGUCGAUCAGCGGAGCCGGCAGACCCUCUGAAAACAGCGUCUUCUUGUUCAUCAAUCACAGACAGUAUAGGUCAAAUGGCGAGUCCAAGGACCAGAAGAGUUCUGAAGGAAGUGAGAACCGAGGAUGAGAAUAAUCUGUGUUUUGAAUGCGGGGCUUUCAACCCUCAGUGGGUUAGUGUGACCUAUGGCAUAUGGAUUUGUCUUGAGUGCUCUGGCAAGCACAGAGGCCUGGGAGUACAUCUCAGUUUCGUGCGCUCUGUCACCAUGGACAAGUGGAAGGAUAUUGAGCUUGAGAAGAUGAAGGCAGGAGGAAAUGGAAAAUUCCGUUUGUUUCUAGAACUCCAAGAUGAUUAUGAUCCCAACUGGACUUUACAAGAGAAAUACAACAGCAGAGCUGCUGCACUGUUCAGGGACAAGGUUGCAACCUUAGCAGAGGGUAAGGAUUGGUCUAUUGAGACAUCCCCUGCCAGAAACUGGACGUCUCCUCAGCCCAAGACGAGCCUUUCAUCCUCUCAUCGUUCUGGAGGACCUGGACAAAACUCAGCAAAAUCUAGCGACAAAGCUUUUGAAGACUGGUUGAGUGACGAUGUUAACUCUUAUCAGAGUGGAGGGGGUUACAGUGGGAAUCAAGAGAAUCGGUAUGUUGGCUUUGGUAACACGGUGACCCCGGAGAAGAAAGAGGAUGACUUCCUGAACAACGCCAUGUCUUCUAUUUAUUCAGGUUGGAGCACUUUCACUGUUGGAGCUAGCAAGUUUGCUUCUAUUGCUAAAGAUAAUACAACUAAACUAGCAAACCAAGCAACUUUAAAGGCCACAGAGUUAGGACAGACAUUAAAUGAGAAUGUUAUCAAACCUACCCAAGAAAAGGUGAAAGAUGGCAAAUUGCUAGAUGAAAUGACAGUCGGCAUCACUGGGCUGGCAAACAAGUUUCAGGGAGCUGGUGCAAAAUUGACUAACCUCUUCUCGGGAAAACCAGAAGAUGGGUCUGCUGGAGAAAGCUAUCAGAACAUGGAUGCCACUGAGGGAUACCAGGGCAGUUCAAGCCAGCCAGUCUCAAAGGACUUCUGGGAAACCUUUGGCAGCAACAGCUCCUUAAAGGCCAAGAAAUCUCCCAGCAGUGACAGCUGGACCAUCGCAGAUAAUUCCGCAAAGAAGAGCUCUGACAGUUGGGACAAUUGGGGCUCCGAAGCAGCGUCCAACAACAAACACAGCACAGAGGAGAGUUGGGAGGCCUGGGACAACAACUGGGAAAACGCGGAUGGUAAGACGAAGAAGAGUCCCACAAAACCUGCUGAGGACACCUGGGGUAAUGCAGACUGGUAGUGACCUCAUAACCAUACAUCUCACCUUUUUCCCUUUUUCUGGCCUUUUCCCUCUGUGUGUGUCUCUCUCUCUCUCUCUCUCUCUUUCUCUUUCUCUUUCUUUCUCUCUCUCUCUCUCUCUUCAUCUCACUGGCACUUUCAGGGAAGAGCUGCCUCCGCUGAGUUCCUAAGUCAAUCCAUUCAAAAAUAUAUUUAUUAUACACCCAAGAAACAAUGAAUGAAGCCCAGAGUUAGAUUGAGCUCAUUAGUAAAUGAAUAUUCUUAAAAAAUACAACUAUAUUGACUUGCAGUCAUGUAUAUUAUUGUAGAUUACCUUCAUCAAAGGGAAUUACGAUGAAUCGGUGUAGAUAUGGUCAUAAAUUUACUGCCUGGACGCCCCAAAUAUAAUACUGGUGAAUAAGAUAGUGUUCAUACUGUAUAAUGGGUUUAAUGAUACUGGUUUUCAAUUCACAACAUAAAAAAUGACGCAUGAGAUAGAGAAUCUGACAUUGUAAAUACGAAUCCUUGUAAAUACAGUAUGAUUGACUAAACACUAAUCACAUUCAUUUCUGUGUGUUGGAUCAAAUUGACUUACUCUUCCCCUAGACUGUUGGCACAUUUUGUUUUUGUAAAAUUGAUUUUGAAAAGCAUUUUUGAUAGAAUUGAGCCAUUUUCUUACUGUAGUCAUAAAAUGUUGUAAUGUAACAAAUUGGCUAUCAUUAAUCAAAAUCUGGGUGGAUAUGUCAAUUUAAGAUUAAACAAUCUAAUAUGUAAUAUGGGCUUUAUUACUUUUAUAUUUUUUUUUUCUUUUGUUUUUUGUUUUUUAUUAAAAUGUGCAAAUAGUCAAAGGGUUUUAUCAUGUUACCAGGACCAGAAAAUUCUACAACAGGAUGCUUAGAAGUUGCUUUAGGAUUAAUUGAUGUAUCACAGUGAUGUCAUGAAGACAGGCUGACUUACACAAGUUACAUUUUUAUCAAAAUGGAUGUACUUAAUAUCAGACAGAUGAUGAUGCAAUUCCCAUUCAAAUACAGUCAUUCCAAAGGUCUUCAGUGACAGAUAAAAUAUUCUUAAAAGCACAUCCCCAACAUCAUAUUAUUUUUGUUGUUGUUAUGCAUCCCCACAAGUAAUGAUUUAUCACAUACUCCUUUUUUACUUCACAGCUAAAAUUGGGAUCUUUGCAAUAAUAUGCCUUAUAUUUGUUUGAUUUUCUUUAUCUGAUCUUAAAGCUGACUGAUAAUGUUUCAAAUUAGAGUUCACACAGUCAGGACAGGCUGUACUCAACUGCUUUAAAGUGGUUUAAACCAGGCUCACGCUGGGCCAGGCAUUAUGACAAACAUGCAUUCUCCAACUGAGUCUUAGAAACCGCAAGUAAUGGCUCAUAUUAUGAAAGAAACUUGUUGGACAUUAGUGGUAGUUUUAUUCAUAAUUACCGAACUUUAUUUUGAAGACCCACACAUUUUGGAUAUUUUACAUAAUUGGAGUUUAAAGAUUAUAUAUAGUUUAUUGUAGAUAAUUUCACAUAGAAUUUAAUGAUUGCUGGGUUAUCUGCUAUACGUAUUAUAUGCGAAUUGUGUUUAAAUAAUUAGACACAGAUGGGAACUGUAGACUUUAGAUUGUUACCUGCAUGGUUUUGUAACUGCCGAACCUGUGAGCCUGUAACUUGUGACCUCAGCUGAACUGACAGGUCGUGUGUAAAUUUCAUCUCAUGUGAAGCAACUCUGUGUGAACUGUUCUCUACAUCUGUGUCAAUGCCCCUUGGUUGUUAUGUAUUGUGAGGGCUUGGUGUCACAGAUGUCUUCACACUCCUAUUAAUAUUUGAAUGGUGGAGUAAUAUUAAUGUGGCUCAAUAUAUGCUGGAUGCUUAGAUGGUCAUACUGUAGCUGUCAAAACACUUGUUAUGAAUGAAUUAAAUCAACCUAGUGCAUCCCUCAGUCCCUCAGUCAGAUUAAAUGGCAGCUACACCUACACUGCUCAUUGUAGAUACAAGUAUAUCAUGAAAAACUCAUUGUUUUAACAAGUAGAAAUGCAAUCAGUGUGAAAUCGAAUAUGGAGCCUAUUAGUCUUGGAAUCUUAAAAUUUAAAUGAGCUGUCGAAGUUUAGAAUGAGGCCAAAUUUAUAGCACCUGCCUUCCCUAUGUGGCCUUUAAUUCCCUAUAACAGAGUGUUGCGACUUUGUCCUACUGUUAAUGACUGUUAUGUUGAAUUUGUUUGUAUAUUUAGUAAUCUACAGAUGCUCAGUCUUCAUAAGUGAUGCAAAGCGCUCAAACUAAAUUCAAGUUAGAUUCAAUUGAACCAAUUUCAACAGAGUUCUGGCUUUGAUUUGUCUAAAUUAGUUUGAACUUUGACAAUAGAGUCUAAAGUUAAUGAAAUUUUAACAUGCUUAUUUUGCAUCUAAUUCUUUGAGGCUUGGUGUGUGCGCUCAUUGGCCAGAAGUCAGUAAUUAGCCGCUCAGUAAUCAGAGUAGUGUGCCAGUGCAAUAUAGCUGCUGGAUUGCUUGUUAUUAGGGUGUUAUACCAUUUUGCUGGACUUCUGUUGUUGGUCAUUGGGCUUCAUAAUAGGCAAAGAUGACAUUUUACUAUCACAGGUUUUGACUAGUGAAGGAUAACUCCUGGGGACUUUAUUCCAUUACCAUUUCCUACCUCCAAGAAGUCUUCAGUUUACAGAUGCGUACCCAGUAGUGAACGUGUUUUUUGUUUUCUCUUAACCUUUCAGCAUGGUUUUGAUGUAGACCUUAUUAUAGCAGGCUUGGUUUGCUGUGACUCAUUUUGUCUUUGUAACAGCAAAGCAGUGUGUAACAGCAAACAGCAAAGAUUGGUCCACAGUGUUGCUGUGUUUUUUUCAGUGACAACGCAAUGAUGUAAAAAAACAAACAAACUGAUCACUCCUGGAACAUUUGUGUCACUUAACCUCUGCAGUCAUCGUCCUCAUGUAUGGUCAUGUGUUAAAUGCCUUAAAAAGCUGUGUUUGCUUUCUGUUGAUACUGAUGUUGGUUGGCUUGUGUGUCAUGUACAUGUCAUGUAGGUCAUCAUCUAAAAUAAUGUCAAAUUAUAAAUUGUAACCCUCAACUUCACUUUUCAUAACUGAAACCUUGUCAGUUAUUUUGUAUUUUUCUUUUUAUUUUAUAAUGUAUGACAUAAAACAUAGAAAUUGCCAGGAAAUAAAUUGAAGACUUUGUGCUCUAAUAUCGAACAGUUUACAAAGGGAAAUUACUGAACAGUCACUUGUCUGAAAUCUGUAAGAGAGCUUGUAGUUCAAAAAUACCAUAGUUUCACUUUUGGUGAAUAUUUUUUUGGGGUUACUGGUACACAUCAUUCAUGGUUAAAUUGCAGAAUGUGUUAUUGAAUGAAAUGCAUCCAAUAGAUUUUGAGUUCAGGUGAUGAUUAUUACUUUAAAAAAAAAAAAAAAAAUCUGAUGUACUUUUGCCACAUAAUCUGAAUCUAAUUCUAAACUUCAAUUUUCCAGAGCAACAGUUUAGCUCAGUGUCUGUGCCUGUCGAACAUUUGAGAUUGGGUAUGUCUCUGUUUAUGAUGAAACUGUUAUGUCAGAAAUACUAUUUUUGAUGUUAUGCAUGAGAUGUAACGUGGAGCUAAAUACAUUCAGCUGUUUUUUGAUUUUCAAAAGUUGUUUCCUCAGUGAAUUGAAGUGCAAUUGUCUGCUUGCCCCUUCAAGUUUCACCAGCAGCCAUUCCUCGAGGUGAGCCAGUGUUACAUACUCAGUUGAAGCUAUGGAUAUUCUUCCUGUAAACAUGGUUUCUGUGUUAAAUAAAAAUGUAUUGUGAUGUGAA